AUGAGGGGAGCGCAGUUGUACAUGGCCGUUGGCGCCGGCGGUGCCACCAUGGUUGCCGUGCUCCUUGGGAUGCAGGGAACUGCAAUCGUAGCUAUGUUCGCGAACAUUGCUGGAGGGGCGAAACCGCCGGAGGGAAAUCCCUACCAAGGCCUGGCAGCAAUACACAUGGAAAUGGCAUCGCACGAGUGCUCUGGCGUUCUGAUCACCCGACGUUUUGUGCUUACCACUUCCACGUGCGCCGAAGCACCCGCAGGGAGCCACCUGGCGGUGGACGUCAUCAAGACGACGAAUGAUGAUGUCAGCAGCUUCCGGCGAUAUGCGCACCAGGGCGAAGUUGCGAAACACCCUGAACCGCCAAGCGGCGCCUCGAAUGUCGCCCUGAUGAGACUCUCGACUCCCGUGGACACCCCCGUGUCCAGUCUGGACGACCGUACCGAAAGCGUUGAAAACGAUAUCGUAUACGGAGAUACGGUAUUUGUCCCGGAUGCCUGGAAUCCUGGGAUGCACAGGGAGAUGAAGGCUGGCCGCCUGGGUGACUGUGUGGGCAUUGAGGAAACUGGAACGAAGCUGGCGUGCGCCGUCCUGACGAGGCCGACAUUGACCGCAAUUUUACAAACGUUGCGCCGUUCUCUGCUAGGAUCCGUGGGAGGCCCCGUAUACAAAAAAAUCGGCCAAAAAGUGGACCAUCCCGGCAACCCGGAACCAGACGCGCACAUUUUGGCGGGCGUGGUAAUGUAUGUGGCGGACGCUCCCGGCGGCCGUCAGGAGAUUGGAAUUAUCAACAUCUCGUUUGCCAUCUACUGGUUUAAGCGAGUCAUCUAUCGGGAGAGCGGAUGGGAGGUUGUCCCCCAGGAUCGCCUGCCGGCGUUCUGUUUCAUCCCGCCCCAGGGCUCAUCCCACGGCUGCAAGGGCAUGCUCAUCAACGGCCGAUACGUCUUGACUGCAGCGCACUGCGUCGACGGGCUGGGCACAAACCCCAAGGUCGUCGUGGGCGCCACGAGGGUUGACGAGCAGGAUAGAGUCCACGGAAGGCUGGUGGUUCGGGCGGAACGAGCCCACACCCAUCCCCGCUGGACGGGGAAGGUAAAGGAGGGGUUCGACGUUGCUGUGCUCGAGCUCCCUUAUGUACUGGACGUCAAGUCGCCGGUCCUGGUGGACACCAAACGCAGCCCCUCUCCCGAUUAUACCGCCCUUGGUGCCAAGGCGUAUGGAUUUAGGUUACUAAGCGUCCUGGAGGCGGCUCCCUUCGAAGUUGUGUUUGACAAUGUCUGUCCGGGGAUGGGCGAGUUGGAGAAUCACAUGUUCUGCGCGUAUUCGGACGAGGCCAACCUGCACAGCGGUUGCUCUGGGGGCCCCAUCUUGGUGCUCGGUAGCGACCUAGCUGACGGAGACCCAACGCUCGAUCUUGUCGUUGGAGUGGUGUCCUGCGCCAACUACGCAACCGAGAGCAGCGGCGUCGGAUGCGCUGACGUCAGCGGCGUCAUCGGUUGGAUACGCCGCGUCAUCUACAGUGACGAUUUCGGGUUGUUUUUCAUCACAUUGCAUUUCCAAAGGGACGCAUGGGACUUCAUCAUUCACAGCAUCAUCAUCGCGACUGCCUCCUUCUCCAAUUUGGGCCCCAUGGCGCCAUUGAUGCUCUGCGCCUCCAGCGCGGCGCUUGGUGGGACGCUAAUCGUAACGCUUUCAGGAUACAACGGUACAAGCAACAAUUUCACCUUGCGCACUUUGACAGAUUUUGGUUAA